CUUUCUGACAUCCCUCCCUUCUAGCAGCCGGUGGGGUUUCAGUCAGGGGGGAGGUGGACAGGUGGACCGUCUGUGACCGUGAGCCUCGUCUGAUCUGGAAAACCGGGACUUAAGCGCCUCUUCCUCGGCGGCCCUGCGAGGACCAUGGCUCUCUCCAGGAUCUGUAGGGAGUCUCUGCUGGUGAUUUUACUGCAAACUUUGCUGAUUUGCUCAGCUCAGGUGAGACGGAGGCGCUCCUUACUUUCUAUUCAUCAUCUCAAAGUGAAGAAGAAGCGUACAUUUAUUUGAUUUUAAACCUAAAAUCUAUUUUUUUCUCACUUUAAGUUAAAUUGCUGAUAAAUUCCUUUAAUGUUUUUAUCUCCUAAUAUGAUUAUCUUUAUACUUUUAGCUGUUUUAGUGUCUUUUUUUAGUAAAAGAGAAGUUUUGUCACACUUUUGUAAUGUUUUAUGAUUUUGACUCUUUAAAAAUGGAUGAUUUUAUUUCGACAUAGAAGAUGUUUUACCCAGAUGCCUUGUAUUGAAUUCCAGUAUGAGGCCUCAGAUGUAUUAGUGAUGGGUUUUCUUGGACAGUCAGUCAUUUCUACACAACUUUGAGUUAAUAAUAUAAACACUGAGGAUCUUUGGAUGUUGAUAUUUGUUUAAUAAUGACCAGAUUUUAAACCAACCGUAUAAAUACGCAGCUAUAACAGGGUUACUGGUGAGAGAUUGGAGUAUUUGGGCUGUUUUGGGUCUAAACUGAGGUCCAUUCAUGCUCCUGUGCACAGCUGGUACCAAUAAGAUCAGGCAGCAGCAGUAAUCUGAACACAUGAAGUGACUUAGUCUGGAGAAUGGGACUAAAACGGGAGACCAGGUUCAGUUUCAUGACCUUUCCCCUCACAUCCACCCAAACAAAGAGGCUCUGUGUGAGCGCCCUCACAUUAAGAGAUGAUUCUCACUGAAAAAUAAACGCAUUUCUCUGUUUGCUUUACAGAGGGGCCCGGUCGGUCCCAGAGGCCCGGUGGGGCCGCCUGGAGCAGCCGGCGUGCCCGGAGUGGACGGCAUCGAUGUGAGUCACGGUUCUCAGUGAAAAACUUAUUGACGGGGUGGAAAUCAGCUGAUCAGGUCCUUUCUGGGUUAAUCGGCUCAGAGAGUUUAUUCAUGAGUGAUAUAUCCUGAUACGACCUUAUUUCUGAUGUUAAACUGUUUAAAAUGAACAGAAUCAGUUUUUUACGUCUGUUUCUAAAACACACUCAGAGGAACAGCUCAGUAUUGAUGUCUGUAUCUGCAAAAAUGAGCUUGAAAACAUCAACUGAGGAAACGAGCAGACAGAGGAAAUACAGCAGGAUGUAGAAGGACGAGGUCAAACUCCAAAUCAAAUUUAAUUUCAGCUCCAAAAAAAAGAGAAAAAUGACAGAAUACUCAGACGGAGAAACCUUUAAAUGAUUCGACCUCUCUUAUUUAUAUUAACCAAGACUUUAUAAAGACUACCUAAUGAGAUUAUUGAGUUUUUUCAUCCUGGUGAAAUAAUUUUUAAUAAAUAAAUAAACCUCUGACAUCAAACAGCAGCUUCUUUAGUGUGUUUUCAUGACUUUUCCUCCCUGUACAACGGAUGAAAUUCAACAGACUUUUUAAAUACGUCUUUAAAACGAACUUAAAACUGUCUGAGAGGAGAAACACACAAACAGAGACGAGCUGUUAGAGCUUUAAAAAGAGGAUUUCCUGAAUAAAGAGUCUGAAUGUUUUAAUUCUCAUCAUCUGAACGUUUCUUCACGCUGCUUCAGGGCGACAGAGGAGAGGACUCUGCGGUGAACGGAGGACCGGUGAGUACAGCGUUAAAGUUCAGAGUCCAGAAUUCUGAGUCUGACGGUCAAAUCUGUGCGGAUCUGUAAACAUGAGCGGUCCUGUUUUCAGGGUCCUGACGGUGACAACGGUAAAGAUGGAGCUGCUGGAGCUGCAGGACUUCCAGGCGCAGAUGUAAGUGAAACAGCAUGUGGAGGAUGUGGGGGGUCUAGGAUGGAGCAGGUCCAUCUUAAAGUCUCUAUAACAACCUUUCUUUGUAUAUUCUGAUGGUUUUGAGUCCCCGUCUGUCCUGCGUGUGUUCAGAGGAUGUACUGAGUGUCUGUGAGACCUGAGCUGGAGGACCUGAGAGGUUCAGAUCUGCUGCUGUGUGAACAGUUUGUCUUGGCUUCCUAUGAGUGAAAAAAAAAACCCUCUUUGGAUAAAUCGACCUGGUUAUUUUAGGGGGGAGUCUCCAGCCGCUUCCUGACAGAAACAGGGGUCUUUUGUGCGAGAUGGAGGGCUGCAGAAAGGACUCAGUGUGUUAACCGUCGGCUGUGGAGGACAGAGCAGGAGAUUCAGAGCUUCAUGUGGGCUGGAACUGAGAAGUUUGAGAUGGACAGAGACCGUUCUAGUUCAGAUGAAGCUCAGCAGAAGACCUGAGGGAAGUUUAUCAUCUGCUGGAGAAUCUAGACCUGGAAGGGGGGCGUUUUCUAACUCCUCGGGGGUCUCUUCUUCUUCUUCUUCUUCUUCUUCUUCUUCUUCUUCUUCUUCGGUUGUAUGCACUUUGAAAUCUCUCAGCUCCAGUAAGCAGUGAUUUAUGUACGGAGAGGGCAGGUAGUGGGAGGAGCCGAGUAUGGAAAGGAGCUCACACCUUUUUUAAGUGUCUCAGAACCAUAGACUGUAUAUACUAUGGACAACUCGGUUCCUCCUUCUGCAGGUAUAUGGAUUAGAAGCCAAAAAGUUCUCGGUAUUUCCACGUUUUUUCUCCACUUCCUGUCACCAACAUUGCGCAGUAGCGUUGUACGCAUUCGGCGAGAGUGUCGCCAAGUCACUGUGAUGACGCUCGGCUCAAACAGCGUACUUGAGCACAAAUCAGUCUGACAGUAACUACAUGUCAACAUCACAACCAGGAAGGAGAAACAUUUAUAUACUGUGUCAUUUAUUUAUAAAGUUUGUCCACAGCUCCAGAAGCUCUGCUGGCACACUCUAAAACCCCUCAAAUUAACGAAACACCAGGGUUGAAAAGGGACAGACUACUUAUUGGUUUAUUUUGACCCAGAAUGUUGGGUUAUUCAAAUUAACCCAACACUGACUCAAUAAGCCUUUUUAAGGGUCAAGUUAACCCAAUCUUUGAUUUAGUCUGACUCUUGAUCUUGGGUUAAAUUGAUGCAUUUGGGGAGCUUUGCUUUUACAACCUGUACCCUAUUUACCCAUGUACUUUUUUCUGAUCGGUGAGAAUCCGAUUGGUAGGCCAUAGCACUGAGGGUCUUGCCUUAGCACCCACACUGAUAGAUGUAGUUCACUCCUUAAAGAUGUGUCUCAUGCGGGAUUCAAACCCCGACCCCCCUGGUUAGGAAUUAGAUGCUCUACCUGCUGAGCUACCCCAGCCACCCAUUAUAGAUUGGGGCAGCUAACCUGAGCUACCCCAAAAUAUAUAUUUUAUAUAUAUACAUAUAAUAUAUACAAGUGUAUAUCAUAUUGUAGAUUAAAUCAAGGUCAAAGUUCACAAGGUCACCAGGUCACUUUAAUUGCCAUUAGGCCUACAAACCACAUAGAGUCGAUCUAACCCAACAUUCUGACCCAAUUAUUGGGUUACUCUCAGAAAAAUAACCCAUAAUUAUUAACCCGUUCAAUUAACCCUCAAACUGGGUUACAACAGAAUCCAUCAGACCCAAGAAAUGAGUUUGGAUCUGAAAAAUAACACUUAAAUUUAACUCAACACAAAUAACUCAGGAAUUGGGUUCAAGAAAUAACCCAAGAGUCUUUAGAGUGAAAAGGAGGAUUUAUGACCUGUACUGCAGCCCGUCACCAGAGGGCGCUGUUCUCCGAGUGGCUUCACCCAGCGAGGAGGCACAUGGCGUCAAUGCUCAGAUGUAAUGACAGCAAAGAGACACUGAUCAGUGUGAUCAAAACUACACCAGUAUCACCUCAUUAUAAUCCAGCCUGGGCCCCGUCAAAAACUCACUUCUGAUUGGCUGCAGAGUGUCCGUUCACUGCAGGUGCAGGUGUCUGUUAGGGCUCCGCCUCCUGUUGACCCAUGAAGGGUCUUUUUUGGACCCAUGGAUGUUGUUUUUGGGUUUUUAUAUUUAAUAUUUUGACUUUUUACUGUUUUCAUUUGAACAUCAGGUAUGAUUGAUUUUUAGACCGUCGAAAUCUGACUUGAUUAUUUCACCCUCUGGUGGGAAUGUUAUGGACUUCUCUGGUUCUGGCAAUGUUCUGGACUUCUCUGGUUGUGUCUAAAUCCUCACUGAUAAAGAGAACGAUGAGAGUCCAGGCCUCAGAUGUUUCAGGAUGUCCGUGUAACUCAGAGUCAUGUUAGAGUGAUGAACAGCGUCAGUGUUUGGACAUCACUUUAUCGAUAUUGUCACCAUUUUUAAGUUCUUUUUAAUAAGAGUUGUGUGUUACCAUUGUAGGGCCCCGUUGGACCUCCUGGAGAUCUUGGUGCAGAAGGCCCUCAGGGUCCAAAAGUAAGUAUACAUGCAGUCAAAUGAAUCUGGUUAGUUUUGGUGUCUGAUUGAAUAAUCCUGCAUCUGUUUUCAGGGAGAUGCCGGUCUUCGUGGACCAGUUGGGGAGCCAGUAAGUACAAAUAUUUGAGUGAAGCGCCUCAUUGGUGUCUCAGCUUUCAGUCAGAACUAUGACGAUAAAUUCUGUCUGACAUGAUCGAUUUCUCUCUGACAGGGAGUCGGACCUGACGGGCUCGAUGUGAGUAUCACUGAUUGGUUCUUUGAUUUACUCUCAAACUCAGUCGGCAGGAUGACGAUAACCAUCACUACAGAAUAUCAGACACAGAACUGAACGCCGAGUCCUCAAUCCAAAACUCCAACCACCAGAGGGCAGCAAACACAGGAUAAGUCCACUCUUUCCUCUUACUGUAUUUAUCCAUGUUGCAGAGCUGCCAAGUGUCAUGUUUUGAGUGUGACAGUCACGCGAUUUGACCCGUUCUCCCACCACACGCCACACUUGACAUUUCUCACGCUUAUUUUUCCCGGUUCAAUUCUCUGUAUUUAUUUUUUUUCAUGAUAAUAAACUUUAGUGGGUUUACCUGAAGACGUGAACAUUUUAAUUAAUACAUCUGGUUGUUGUAAGUGAGCUAGAAGCUAAAUUUAAAAUCUGUUUUUAAAAACCUGUUUUAUUUCCGUAACAGAGGGAGUCCAGGUGUAGGUGAAGGUAUCGUCAGCAUAGAGGUGUAUUUUGGUUUAAAGGUCUUUUUCUAGGUGGUUUACGAAAUCAGAGAACCGAAUGGACCGAGUCAAUCUGUAAAAUCAUUUAUAAAUCAAUUAACAGUCUUUAUGAAAUGAGUUUGAUUAGCAGCAGCUAACGGCCAAACGCUUAGAUAGAUCUACAAGUACCAGAAGCACAAACCAGAUCCUUUCACAUGUGCGUCUAUAGACAGGAUGGUCUCAGAGACCCAGGAACCAUGAGGAGAGGGGGAACAGAGAUCAGAGCAACCAGGACUCCAGUCUUAACCCGGGGCACUAGCUUAAACUGCUACACCAACAACACCCGCUGUACAGGGGUUUAAGUGAAAUAAGAAAUCUGGAUCAGACGUGGUUUCACAGAUUAGUCAGAUCGGUUUUCUGAUCUUUGUGAACAGGGGAUCCCCGGGACAGACGGGCUUCCAGGUGAACUGGGAAAAGUGGGAGCACCUGUGAGUAUAUUUCACAUGUAAAUUAUUUAUUGUGUUUACUACAAAGUAAGAAAGACAUACUUCAAAUAUCAACAGUUCAGGUACGAACGAAGACAUUUAAAUGAUCAGAAAGAUUUUUUUUCCCAACAGGGAGCGAGAGGAAAGAGAGGUCCAGUGGGUCUGCCUGGAGUCGCAGGACCGAGGGUAAACACCUCUGCUUCAGUCUUUUCUGCUGAACUCUAUCAGGAUGGAUUAUUGUUGAAGUUUAACCCACGGUUUUUCUUUGUUAAGGGUCCUCCAGGCGUUUAUCAGGGCGAGGACCUGGUAAGUUUGUUCAUUUCCUCUCUGCUGUCUCUGUAACAGAACAUCAAGUCUAUAAGAAAACAUGAGGUGGGCUGUGGAGAGUACUUUUAUCUGCUUCAUUUUCAUUUAUUUAUUUAGAAAAAUGCACAAUAACCAACAAUGAGCAGCAUGCAUCGGUGUAGAUAACCUGGAAUUAGUACAAAAGCUGAAUGUCAUUGUUAGUUUGGUGCUUUUAUUUUGAAAAUUUUAAAUUCAGGGGUUGCAGCCAUACAGAAACAUCACCCCAAAGUUUCACCGCAUCCUGAGGUCGUAUUCUCCGAUCGUAGCUGAUCGUAACCAUUCAAGUUAACGUGUCAAUUUCCACUGACUUUUUUUCGUUCCUCUGCGGAUCGCCGGACUCCACAGCUGAUCGCAAGAGUUCUAUUUUUUCUGAGUAACACAGAUUAACCCGUGCUGGAAAGGAAGUCGGGCCCAGACACAAAAUAAAACACCUGACUUCUCUUCAAAAUAAAACACUCCGUGUUUCAGGAGGAUCGUAUUUCACACCGUGCAAACGGGCGGAGACGAACAAGUGAAAGAUUUAUAGACGUCAUUUCACCCCGAUGACACCAUAGAUGAGGAGAUGCUGAUUCUAGAAGUCUAGAAGUAGAUUUCCUCCUCUGGAAGGACACAAUCUACUGCUUAUAUGUCAAUGUGUCUGUCUUUAUAGAGACAACUCGUUAUUGCGCGAUUGAAUGUGGAUCCGCUGGGUUCUUGUGAGUUCUUGCGAUUCCUGUUGUCCGUAAUCCACCAUGAAAUUCGCCUCACAAAACGAUCCGGUAGGAAUUGGCGUAGGGCGAAAAUUGCUGCCCUACUGAAUCGGAGCCGUUCAGGAUGCGGUGGAAAUCGCGGGUCAGGGAGCUCAUAAUUUCUGCAGCCAAUAAGGGUGUGACUUUAAAUAUAGUUAGCACAGAGGAUUAUGGGUAACUCUCCUUCUCCCCUCACUUUAGCGAAGCUACUUUCCUUUUCACGUAGAGGACAUAAACAGCUCUUUAAUGGUCGGUUCUCCAAGUUAGGAACAUUCAGGACCAAAAAGUGUUCGGAUGGACCCUCAGUCCAGACUCUUCCUGAUUUUCAGACUGUUUUUACCGCCUGGAUCGGUGGGCUGCUGUUAGUGGAGCCCCCUGCUGGCAGGGCUCUUCCAUGACCUCAAAUAGGCUGUUGUGUUUUUCAGUGUCCGAACGCCUGCCCCGCUGGUCUACACGGACAUCCUGGUCUCCCCGGCAUGAAAGUGGGUUCAGUAUCUCUUCACGUGGACUUCAGCUUUAGUUCUGGUCUGUCUGUCUAAGAACUCUUUCACAGGAAGUCCUCUUUCUCACAGGGACACAAAGGGGUCAAAGGUGAAUCUGGAGAGCCUGGACGACAAGGACACAAGGUAACACCGUCUCCUCCCACACUGAGGAGGAUUUAUUUGUUCUGACUGAACGUUUACCUUCUGGAAACGACCAAACAGUCAGUCAAGACCCAUUUAAUUACUGUUAAUUGUCAGUUAAUUUCUACAUUAAAGAGUUUGUGGGUUUUCUUUUAGGGAGAGGAAGGCGACCAAGGACUGCCGGGGGAUGUCGGAUCCCAAGGACUACCAGUAAAAUAUUUCCCCUUUCUCUCUUCGAUAUUCUCCUCGUCACCUUUAAACCAGAGGAACCAGCUCCUCAUCCAAACAUGUUAACAUGGAACAUUUCUCCGUCUCUCCUCUACUCGCUGAGUAAUUUUAGGGCCCAGGUGGACCAAGAGGCCUCCCAGGAAUAUUGGGCUCCAAAGGGGACAGGGUAAGAGGUCUCACACCCCCUGAGAAACCCAAAAUUUGACCCCAUGUUAAAUAAAUGAAACAUCUCAUGAUCGUGAUGUCUGUCGCUUCCCCUCAAACAGGGACCUCGUGGGAAAUCUGGUGACCUCGGUCCUCAGGGGAUUCAGGGAGGUCCAGUGAGUCCUUUGAGUCUUUGUAUGAGGUUUAUGAAAUUUUCCUUCUUCAUUCAGACAAAUGAAAAAUUACAGACAUCGACAUUUCUUUAGGGCGAUGGAGGUCAAAGAGGAGCCAUCGGUGAGCCUGGACCAGCAGGAGUCCAGGUGAGAUGUUUCACAUGUAGAAACACCAACAGGUUCAGGAGAAGACGCCGUCGUGAAGACGUUCCUUUAAUAACAUGAUGGACAAUUAAUCUUCUGGAUUCUUUGUUUGGUCUCCUAAUCGUCACAGGGCGACGUGGGUCCACUUGGGAUCAGAGGAGUACCUGGACCAAAAGGAGAACCUGUAAGUCGAAUUUCAUUUGAUCCAUCGAUCCUUCAUCCCUGAGCGACUGACUGGCCGCUCAAGAUAACAGCUCUUUAAAGGAGUUUAAUCUGAAUACUGGAUUCAGAUUUGGAGUCAGAGUCAGAAUCAGAAAACCAGAUUCAGAUUUAGAUGAAGCGCCCCGUUUCAUUGGACCAGAAUUAACGUCUGUGGCUGGUCCACACUGCUGGUUUGUGGGUCGUCUUUUACUAAAACAGAAACUCUUCCUCAGGGUCUUCCAGGUCCAGAUGGCCGUGAGGGGAUACCAGGGUUACCGGCCACAAAGGUAAAAACCAUGUGUUCCAUAUUUGAUCUGGUUUCCUGCUAUUUAUGGAAAUCCCUGGACUGAACACCGAGGACUUUGAGAUCUUUAAAAGUCUGUUUGAAACCUUUUUUAGGGUCUUCCAGGUAAAAGCGGGGCUCCAGGUGAUGCUGGUCUACAAGGGCUCCCAGUAAGUCCUACCCUCAGAUAAGUUCUUCAGUACUGGUAUCAAAUCUCUGCUGAGACAUGAGGACUAAAUGGCGUUUUCUUCCUUCAGGGUUUGCCCGGAGCUUUUGGUCCAAAAGGUCACGCUGGUGUGACGGUACGGUCUGGAUCUGACACACAGCUGCUUACAGAUGUUUCUGCUGGUGCAGUCUCUGGUGUUUAAAUAUCUACAUUCUCUGGACUUUUCUUUCUCUUGUCUCAGGGGGUCACAGGUGAUCCAGGUGUUGUAGGUCUGAUGGGAUCUCCAGGGAAACAGGUACGUGCAGAACAACAUUCGAUGCACCAUCUGAGUAAAAAAAUUGAGUUCAAGCUCCUGUGAGGUCUUUCCUCUGGAGAUAAAACCAAAGAAACCAUCGAAGACCAGGUUCAGGAUCUCUGUUUGGUUGAUUUGUUUUGCCUGUUUUCCAGGGUGAGCGUGGCGAGCAGGGAGAGGUGGGACCAGAUGGACCCAGAGGAGGACCUGUGAGUGAUAGAUCUGCCUUAUUAUCAGACCCAUCAUGUGGAGCUCCAGAGUCCGCUCUCAGUCCCUGGACUCUCUGCAGGACUAAAAACCUUUUGUUUUUGCUCGUUAGUGUUUUCCGUCCAGAUCCAACUUUCACUUUCUUCCCUUUUAGGGCGAACGAGGCGAGCGAGGACAUGACGGGCCAUCAGGAUUACCAGGAGCCAGGGUGAGUCCUCAGAGAGAGUCUGAAGAUUCAGAUCUUAGCCUCACCUCCACCACAGACAGCACAUGAGUAAAUGUGAUCUGUUGUCAGGGGGGUUGUCGAGGGAUUUCGACCAAUGAGAAUUAAGUCUUCAUCAUCACCAGGUGCUUAACGAAAAAGUUGGUUAAUAAAGAGAAAGAACAGCUGACAGUCUUUGCUGAGAAGGUUGUGGUCCUAGUACAGACCCCUGUAGUACUCCAGACUUAAGGGUGGGGUAGUCAGGAUCUGAGGAAGUUCCAGUUUACAAAUGGGGCCCAGUCAAGGUGAAAGUCAAAAGCAUUGGUGCUACUGUAGAUGCCAACAGACUACCAGCAAACACAAUGUUUGCAGGACUUCUACAACUAGGAUAAAGUGACAUAGUCCAGGACCCGAGGUCAACAGUUUAGCGAUGGCGCUACAACACGCUACAGCAGGUCCGUUUGACAAGAAACACUUCUGUUACAGACACUUGUCUUACUUUGUUAAAGCGGUUUACCUGUCCAGCAGAAAGGUUACAGGGUCACCAAGAUCCCCAAGCGUCCCCCAUCGUUUAUGUUGACCCGGCUUUUUAGCUCUUGUCCGGUCUACCUCCGUUUUACGUGCCCGUUAUUCCCCCAGAGUCUGGGUGUUGGUACCUGAACUAUAAAAGAGCCUGAAGACGGACACAGCGUUGUUUAUUUUUAACCGUUAGCAUGUUUAACGUUGCUCCAGUUAGCAUGUGUCGUUAGAUGAUAGCUGAUGGUUUCAGAGAUUUGUUGUAUCCCUCGCCUUUUAUGGAAUUCUGCGGGCGCUGGCGGGCAGACUCUGGCGGGCAUGCUCACAAGCUAAAAGGGUUACUUCUGUUGGUAAUGUGAUGGAACAACAACAGGAUUACAGUAAUACUGUUCUGGGAAAAGGUUUGCAUGAAAAUCAGACCAAGGACUCGAGUCCCAGCUCCACCUCUCUGCUGUCUGACUGUGUUAUUGAACAGGAUCAUUCACAAGAUAAACCUGGUCCUGGACCUCCGAGCCGGGAGUCCUGCUUUUGUUAGAGCGACAGGUCUUUAAUGAAGUCCUGUCCCUGCAGUUAAGCCUCUAAUCUGGCGGUGAGCGAGCAUGAAUGGACUCUUGUUCGAGAAAUCUGGAGGUCCGAGGGAGGGGGGGGGAUUCAGGGCAGGAAAAGAACCUGAGAAGCCCUCAAAGAGCUCUCUGUUCACCAGGAAUGCCUGACACCAGGACCAACACACACCCAGAACCAUGCAAGGGCAGGCGGACGGGUCGGGGCUCGCCGCUCCCCCAUGUGGUCGGGUCAGGUCCGGUUUUCUGAGCGUCACACAGUCCAUCUUGUGUUUUAACUCCAAGUGUGUGUGUGUGUGUUUACAGGGAGGCAAAGGACAUCCAGGACUUCCAGGACUUCCUGGUCCAGCUGGGUACCGGGGCCAGAAGGGUGACAGGGUAAGAGACAAAAAAAUAUGACCCAAUGAAUGAAUGAAUGAAGAAGUGAACCCAUGAUGGUCAAACUGCAAAAAAAACAGGACCCCGUUCACAGCUCUGAUGAGGAACUCUCUGUGCACGUCAGUUUUGGCGCCCCCUGUGGACACAGCAGUCCUCUACAUGUUUGAGGGGUGACUGUUAACAAAGCAUCUCAUCCUGCUGACCUCUAAAAGAAGCUCGCUUGCUUCUCUAGUUAAACCAACUUUAGUAACGACUGCAGGAUAGCGAUACACAGCGGUCUGAGGAGCCAUAAACAAACCUCAACCAAAACGCCACUCUAUAGCCACAAAUAAUGCUCAGAACAGCACCUAACUUCAUCAACAGGACAUAUAGGGUCACAGACAUAGUACUAGACACCAAACAUCUUUUUAACUUUGACUGAUUUCUUUAGCAAAGAGACUAAACACAACUCACCUACUCUCUUCCAGCAGCAACUUGUUUGUAGCGAGACCUCAGGCCAGUCCAUUACAGACUACAGCGGGGUGACGCAGCUCGAGGAAGAACAUUUGUGAUCAUUCCUAUAUCAUUUCCUUGAAGUAAUAAUCACCAUAUUAAUCAUUUUGCACUGCAGACGCGGUAGUUCUUCUGCCUUAGCGUCUCGGUCUGAUUGCAUUUCUGUAAAAUGAUCAUAAAUAAAAAUCACAGAUGAAAUAAAGCAACUUUCUUAGAUAGUUCCUGAAAAUCCCGAGAGUUUCCCAGAGUUUCUUGAACAUACUCAACAGUUCUAGUUUGUAAAAUAUUCUUCUUGGUUCUGUUCUUCUCAGGGUGCAGUGGGUCUGGACGGUCCAAAAGGAGACCAGGUAUGUUUCAUAUUGACACCUUCUAAUCCAGAGGUGUUGAAGCAGAAUUCAUUUAAUGACAACAAUCGGACAUGCACCUUUAUUUCAGGGACCUGCAGGUGCUGAGGGAACACCAGGAGAGGUUGGAGACCUGGUGAGUGAUCGUCCAUGCUAACUCCUAGAUUUUGAUGAUGAGGAGGAUUUUGUGACGACUGUCCAGACCUGUCCCAAUAUUUACACAUUUAUACAAUUGAAGACAAAUCUACACAAACAGAUUUACAGUCAACAUCAUUUCUGUCCUCCUCCAGGGAGACCAAGGAGAACCCGGAGAGAAGGGAGCGGUACGUUCACCCACGAAUUAACUCGAGCCUCGUUUUCAGUCGACUCCGAGGUCACGCCUCUUUAAUCUGAAACGAUUAUUUCUGCUGCUGUCGAUUUCAGACAGGCCCACCAGGAGAGACCGGGAACAAAGGACCUGAGGGCGGCCGAGGACAGCAGGGGAAAGAGGGCAAAGCGGGCCAGCCGGGACCCCGAGGCAUGCAGGGAGACAUGGGAGUGCCGGGUCUGCCGGGGGGUCAGGGACCAGCGGUGAGAGGAUUUAGAGAUUGAAUAUUGUUAUUGUGUUUGUUUUGUUUGUUUGUGCUGUUACAAAAACUAAACUUGUCCUCAGAUAUUCCCUCCUUUUGGACGGUUUCUAAGGAGUUAGAUAUUUUCGAUUCAUUCAGAGCCAUCUUACAUAAAAUAACUGCUAACUCCGAACAAGACCUUAGUUCUUUUUCAAAGGAAACUGAAUGAUAGAGGGAAUAAGAUCAGAAAUAACAGUGAGAUUAGAACACAAAAUGUAAAUGGAAGAUAAAAACAAUUGUGUAACUAAAUGCUGAGUCAUCAACGUCUUUUGUUUGUUCAGGGAAAAUCUCCAACAGACACGCACAUCAAACAAGUCUGCAUGAGGGUUAUGCAAGGUAAGUCUUUGUCUCCUUUAUCCUUUAUUAUAAUACACGGCUUGACGCUAACUUUUUCACGUUUUCCUCAGUUAAAAAAGUAAGGAGCACACAAAGAACUUAAGGGGAACAAUGAAAUUUUUUUUAACAUGUCCAACAUGUCCUCCUGUGUCACAGAGCAGCUGGCCCAGUUAGCAGCCUCUCUGAGCAGACCUGAAUCAGGCAUUGCCGGACUUCCUGGUCCCCCCGGCCCGCCUGGACCUCCAGGAUCCACCGGUGAGAACGGUUUCCCAGGACACACCGGAUCAAGAGGACUGCCCGGUCUAAAGGGUCCGCCAGGGGUCAUGGGUCGCAAAGGAAUCAAAGGUGAGAUGCAGAUCGGAGGCUUUUACUUUGAAGGGAUUGUUUUCUGUUUUGUACUUUAAUUUAAGCUCCAACAUGGAGUCUAGGCCGGGUCAGGGACUGGGUCAGGGGCUGGGGGUGUUUAUGAGGGACUCUUCACUGACCCCCUCCUCUUCAGGGACCAGUCCGGUCCAUCUCCAUGUUACUGAAGGAUCAGAUGAAGUCUGAUCUUGAACCUCAGCGCUGUCUGGUCCUCUUGGUGAUCAUCGUGGUGUCUUUUCCUUUCUGCAGGUGAUCAGGGAGACAAAGGGGACAAAGGCCUUACAACCAGAGGACCCAAAGGUGCACCAGGGGCCCCCGGUCUACCAGGUAAAUAACAAGUAUGACACAAAGAGAUCUCGGGCCUCAUUUAUCAGAUGUGUUUUCGUACUGAGUGCGUACGAACAUUCCCACGCAAAGUCUGGAAUUAAUUAAUUUUGUUCUUACGCACAUUCGACAUUUCAUUCCUACGCCAGAAUUUAGAACCUUUCUACGCAUGGUUGAUAAAUGUGGACCCUGGUCUUAGAACUUUCAUUUCUGAUGAAUUUCCAUCUUCUUCUAAACUCUGAAUCGUUUUUUUCAGGUAACCCCGGUCACGCAGCUUAUGGUCAAGACGGCCGUGACGGAGAACGAGGACCUCGCGGUGUUCCCGGAGCGGUUGGCGUCCCCGGGCCGCCUGGCUCUCCUGGUAUGAACGGAUACUGCGAGUCGUCACAGUGCGUCCUCCCCAUGGUGGCAUCACCGGUUUCUGCAAAGGACUCCGGCAUGAAGGGCCCCUCUGACAUGUGAGGAGGGUCCGGAGUGGUAAAUUGAGAGACUGGAG